AAUGAAUAUAAUGAUGCAGGCGCUCGCAUUCACUUGCAGGUUGCAGCAGUUGAUUGAUUACAGCUCCCAUGGCUUCGACUUCCACAGCUUUUCUUCUCUAUCUCUUGUCGCUCUCACUUCUUCUCUUUCCUUCUCCUUCAGUAUCACAAUUAAACCAGUUCUGUGAAGUUGGGACUGGAUAUGGUGAAGCUGGAUGUGGAAUUCCAGUAUCAUCGUCAAAGCUCUUGAUUAAGGGAGGAACUGUUGUGAAUGCUCAUCAUCAAGAGGUUGCUGAUGUUUAUGUUGAGGAUGGGAUCAUUGUUGCUGUGAAGCCUAAUCUCAAGGUUGCUGAUGAUGUUAAGGUUCUUGAUGCCACUGGAAAGUUUGUCAUGCCAGGAGGAAUUGAUCCCCACACUCAUCUAGCUAUAUCAUUUAUGAAUACGGAGGCUAUUGAUGACUUCUUCAGUGGUCAGGCUGCUGCUUUAGCAGGUGGAACAACGAUGCAUAUUGAUUUUGUUAUGCCAGUCAAUGGCAAUUUAACGGCAGGUCUUCAAGCCUAUGAAAAGAAGGCAAAGAACUCUUGCAUGGAUUAUGGUUUCCAUGUGGCAAUCACCAAAUGGGAUGAAGAAGUUUCAAAGGAAAUGGAAAUUAUGGUGAAGGAAAGAGGUAUAAACUCUUUCAAGUUUUUUAUGGCAUACAAGGGGUUCGUUAUGGUCAAUGAUGAGCUUCUGUUACAAGGAUUCAAACGGUGCAAGUCUCUUGGUGCCUUAGCCAUGGUCCAUGCAGAAAAUGGAGAUGCUGUUUUUGAAGGGCAGAAUAGAAUGAUAGAACUUGGUAUUACUGGUCCUGAGGGGCAUGCUCUUUCAAGGCCACCAGUGCUGGAAGGUGAGGCAACUGCUCGUGCUAUUCGUUUAGCAAGUUUUGUGAAUACACCUCUUUAUGUUGUUCAUGUGAUGAGUAUUGAUGCAAUGGAAGAAAUAGCUAGAGCUCGGAAGUCAGGACAGAGGGUGAUCGGAGAACCAAUCAUUUCUGGUUUAGUUCUUGAUGAUUCUAAGCUCUGGGAUCCUGACUUCACCACUGCAUCAAAGUACGUCAUGAGUCCCCCUAUUAGAGCAUCAGGACAUGACAAGGCCCUACAAGCUGCCCUUUCAACUGGAGUUCUGCAGCUUGUGGGAACUGAUCAUUGCACGUUUAAUUCUACACAAAAAGCCCUUGGGAUUGAUGAUUUCCGCAAAAUUCCAAAUGGUGUCAAUGGAAUUGAGGAGAGGAUGCAUCUGGUUUGGGAUACAAUGGUGGAAUCUGGCCAAAUUUCUGUUACUGAUUUUGUUCGGGUGACAAGCACAGAAUGUGCUAAGAUCUUCAAUAUAUAUCCAAGAAAAGGAGCAAUUCUUCCUGGAUCUGAUGCAGAUAUCAUUAUAUUCAAUCCAAACUCAAGCUUUGAAAUUAGUGCAAGGUCUCACCACUCUCGAUCAGAUACAAAUGUCUAUGAAGGCAAGAAAGGGAAGGGAAAGGUUGAGGUGACUAUUGCUGGAGGAAGAGUUGUAUGGGAAAAUGGUGAACUGAAGGUUGUCCCUGGUUCUGGAAAGUACAUAAAAAUGCCCCCUUUCAGUUACCUUUUCAAUGGAAUUAACAAGGCGGAUGAAUCAUACCUCUCUUCCCUCAAUGCUCCUGUUCAUCGUUCUAAAUCUACAACUUAAGCGCAGGUAUUAUGCUUCUUCAGUCCAUACUGAAAGUGCAUAUGUGAACUGUACACUUACGCUGAAACUUGUCUUGAAUAAAUAAAAUGGAUUCUAUGCUGUGUAUCCCUCCUUGCAAAUAAUAUUAUUGAUAAUAUAGAAAUUCACUGUGUUUAUCCAGUUCAA